AUGCUCUGGCUCGUCACUGGCUGCUCUUCCGGCUUAGGCCUCAGCCUAGCCAACGCGAUACUCGAUGCCGGCCACCAAUGCAUCGCAUCUUCGCGCAACCCAUCCAAGACUCCCGAGAUUGUUUCCAACUUUGAAAAAAAGGGUGGAAAGUGGAUUACCUUGGACAUUUCCAAACCUGAUGUCGAAGAAGUGAUCGCAAAGGCUGUCGCAGAUCAUGGUGCCAUUGAUGUUCUAGUGAACAAUGCCGGCUAUCCAGUCGUUGGGCCGCUUGAGAAUCAACCGCUCAAAGACGCUCGCGACCUCUUCGAGACCAAUUUCUUUGGAUACAUCCGCACCAUCCAGGCCGUCGCACCCUCCAUGCGUGAGCGCAAGUCUGGUACUGUUGUCAACAUCGGUUCCUCCGAAGCCUGGCAAACGAACCCGCUGUUAAGCAUCUACAGCGCUUCAAAAUGGGCGCUAGAGGGCCUCACCGAGACCAUGGCUGCGGAGCUCGGGGUGUUUGGCAUCCGCACCUUGAUCGUCGAACCCGACGCCAUCCGCACCGAGUUUGCCAACUUGGAGUCGCAGGACGUGCCAGGCUUUCUCACGCGUAUGGAGGCCUACAAGGGAACCUUUAUCGAGCACGUGUCCCAGUUCUUGAUGACCAUGCACGGCACCCAAGCCAUCGAUGCAGCGAAGGCGGCCAAGGCCAUUGUUGCAGAGGUUACGACGCCUAGCUCUGACCCUCCCUUGCUGAGGUUGCCCCUUGGGAAGGAAAGCACCAAGAAGUUGAAGGCUAAGGCAGAGAUGUACGCUUCGAUUGCAACUGCUACGGAGGGUGUUGCAGCUUCUGUGGACUUUGAUGCCUAG